CCUCUUUCUCCCACGAGCACUUUACCCGCUGCUGGGCUGCAUCGCGAGGCUGUUGAGCGUGCGCACUCACUGCGCAACACUCGUCUUCAAAUGGAUUAUGAGGCGAAAAUAUUCCCUCACACCGGUGGUUAUGGACGCUACAACCGCCUCGUGGUCUUAUUCAGCUGGUUCCCCAACUUCGCGGUCAUGUUGAAUCUAUUUAGCGACGUGUUUUACACUCAAAUCCCAGACUCGUAUCACUGCAAACCCGACCCGCAGCUUUUGCCAUCCACUUUCCUCCCCAGCAACUUCUCCAGACAGGUAUACCUCAGCCUCACCAUCCCCUGGGUGAACGGCAGCGGUCUCAGCCACUGUGAAUUGUUCAAGUAUCCAUCAAAUUCCUCGGACUUCUCCGAAAAGGUGCCCAGGGAGAGGGUGUCCUGCACCGUAGGGUGGGAGUACGCCCAUGUAUCGGGGCUCCAGAGCAACUUUGUCACUGAGUGGAACCUGGUCUGCAGUGACUACUGGAAAAUCCCUUUGCAGCAUAUCUGCUUCAUGUCAGGAUGGAUUCUGGGAUACGUCCUCCUUGGUACAUUGUGCGACUGGUUGGGUCGUCGGCGAUGUUUCCUCCUCUCCAUCAGUCUGUCCAGUCUGUUAGGGGUGGCCGUGUGUUUGUCCAACAGCGCGGAGGUGUUUCUGCUGCUGCGUCUGUCUCAGGGUGUCAUGCUCGCUGGGGUGUUCAUAUCCUCGUACAUUGCCAGGUUGGAGCUGUGUGACCCUCCCCAUCGUCUCAUCGUUGCCAUGAUCAGUGGCUUCUUUGCAGUGAUCGCAGAGCUGCUGUUGCCGGGCAUCGCUGUUUUGUGCCGCGAUUGGCCAGUACUCCAGGCUGUGGCCACUUUGCCUCAGCUCCUGCUGCUUUCCUAUUGGUGCUGUGCGUCAGUGUUUCCUGAGUCUCCUCGCUGGCUGCUGGCCACAGCUCAGAUCCCCCAGGUUAAGAGAAGUCUUCAGGAAUUCUCUACAAGGAACGGUGUUUGUCUGAGAGAUGAAAUCUACCCUGGUGAAACCCUGCUGUCAGAGAUAGAUUCAGUAUACGGAGAAGACUGUCGACCAAGGUACUUCUCAGUUCUGGAGCUGCGUCGGACUCGUGUAAUCUGGAAGAACUGCCUCAUCCUCAGCUUCACGCUGUUCAUUGGUACAGGCAUCCAGUACUGUUUCACCAGAAACCUGCACAGUUAUUCCUCCAACUUCUACUUCAGCUACUUCUUCCGAGUGGUAACCGGAGCUCUGGCCUGCAUCUUCAUCUGCUUGUCUGUCAAUCACUUUGGUCGGCGUGGUAUGCUUCUGCUCUCCGCUAUCAUUACUGGACUGUCAUCGCUGCUGCUGCUGGCCCUCACUCAGUAUCUGCAUGGAGGCCUGGUGUUGGUGCUCUCUGUCGUGGGUCUCCUCUUCUCUCAGGCUCUCGCCAUGCUCAGUGUAUUGUUUGCCUGUGAGGUGAUGCCGACUGUGAUUCGAGGUGGUUGCCUCGGCCUGGUGCUGGCAGCGGGGUGUGUUGGCAUGGCCGCCUCCUCCCUCAUGGAGCUCCAGAACAACAGUGGCUACUUUCUCCACCAUGUCAUCUUCGCUUCCUUCGCCGUCCUCUCUGUUCUCUGCAUAAUGCUCCUGCCUGAAAGCAAACGCAAGCCGCUCCCAGACUCGCUGAAGGAGGGCGAGAGCCAGCGGCGGCCUCCUCUCUUCCUGUCCCGGCCCGACAGGGACAACCUGCCGUUACUGUGCACUCCUUUGUCGGAGUACAACCCAGAUAACUAUUCCCGCUUGGUCUCUGCCACCAGGAGGAUGUUGACUAAAGAUAAUUUGCCUUAUAGGAUCGCUGUGCCAACUCAUCCCCCUCUGCUGUCAGACAGCGAAAUGCAGGGACAAGAGAAUGAGACACUGGGAGCGGUCAUAUCUUAACUCCUCAUCCUCCUUUGAACAGACUCGGAUUAUCCCUCCUCCUUCUUCUAGAUAUACCUCUACGGACGGUCAUCGUCCUUCAUUUAAAUAUUGUCUAAGUCACUAGUUGGUCAUAACUCAACUGAAGAACUGACCUCGGCUUGGAUGCAGUGCACUUUAGAUCGAUCGCUCCAAGUCUGCCAAGUCUCUUCUUGUUAUGUUUGACCUUUUAAAGCCGUUAAUGUGCUGUGGCAUUUUCUCACGUAGAUUCCGUUAAUGCACUGAAAAACAGUGGGCUUCUUUUAGCUAAAGCUUUUGGUCGUCAAAACCUUCUGUGAGGGCUAGAAAAGAGUCCCCCUUUGAUCUGUUACAUGGCAUGUUUUGCCUUUUGUUUUGUUUUUGUAAAUUCCCUUGAAACCGCUCACACUCGCAUUCAAACCGAAUUGUCAGUCACAAUUUUCACCCGAGAAGCUCGCUCAACCGUGUGGCUACUGGCGAUCAUGUGAGCAGCGGUACUAUGUCCAUAUAUUAGUAACUCAUGCUCUUUUCAUUAAGUCCGGUUCACCAUCAGUGUGUCAGCGCUGAGAGGUUCCCAGGGGCCCACAAGACAAGUUUACACUAUUUUUUUGGAGUCUUGUUAUACUUGUGAAGCACACAAGGGGGAGCUAAAUGAUGCACUGAUCAUUGAAUAUGUUGACAGUCGAAGGAUAUUCUUCUGGCAUUUUUAUUGCUUCCUUGAUGGGGAAAUGUUGGUGAUGUGUGGGGAAAAUAGCACCAGAUACACACCAGAUGAUUGGGAGUUCUGUCUUUAGGCUGACGAGUGUGUGUACUCUAUAAACCACUUUAGUUUCAAAUUGUUAUUUAAAGCUAAACACUGAAUGAUGAAUCUGCAAAUGUACUGACCACUGUAGUUGGCAGCCACAAAGUGGAUCUGCUCUCUGUCUUAUGACUAUAAAUUGUGUCCUUUUGUGUUAUAUUUGUAAAAUAAAUAAUGAGAAAAUAGUUGUUGGCCUUAACUCAAGGGCAUAUGAUAUUUUCACAAUAACUGCGA